AUGGGGGGCAAGUCUGCUAACAAGGCCGGUUACUUCGACAAGCUGAAGGGCUUGUUGGAGGACUACAAGUCCAUCUUCAUCGUCUCCGUCGACAAUGUCAGCUCUCAGCAGAUGCACGAGAUUCGUCAGUCUCUCCGCGGAGAGGCUGUCGUCUUGAUGGGCAAGAACACCAUGGUUCGCCGUGCCCUCAAGACCUUCGUCAUCGACACCCCCGAGUACGAGCGUCUCCUCCCCUUCGUCAAGGGCAACGUUGGUUUCGUCUUCACCAACGGCGACCUCAAGGAGAUCCGUGACAAGAUCCUCGCCAACAAGGUCGCUGCCCCCGCUCGUGCUGGUGCCGUCGCCCCUGCCGAUGUCUGGGUUCCCGCUGGCAACACCGGUAUGGAACCCGGCAAGACCUCUUUCUUCCAGGCCCUCGGUGUCCCCACCAAGAUCGCUCGUGGUACCAUUGAAAUCACCACCGAUCUCAAGCUCGUUGAGGCUGGUGUCAAGGUCGGCCCCUCUGAGGCUACCCUGUUGAACAUGCUCAACAUCUCUCCCUUCACCUACGGUAUGGGCAUCGCUCAGGUCUACGACCAGGGCAACACCUUCGCCUCCGAUGUCCUCGACAUCUCCGAGGAGCAGCUCCUCAAGGCUUUCUCCUCUGCCAUCACCACCAUUGCCAGCCUUUCGCUCGCUCUCAACUUCCCCACCCUCCCCUCCGUCAUGCACUCCGUCGUCAACGCCUACAAGAAGGUUCUUGCCGUCGCUGUCGAGACCGAGAUCAGCUGGCCCGAGAUCGAGGAGCUCAAGGAUCGCAUUGCCAACCCCGAUGCCUAUGCUUCCGCCGCUCCCGCCGCUUCUUCCGAGGCUGCCCCUGCCGCUGGCAAGGCUGAGGAGAAGGAGGAGGAGAAGGAGUCCGAUGAGGAUGAUGGCGGCUUCGGCGGUCUCUUCGACUAA